UAUUAACAUAGUAGUUCAGCACACCAGAUUGAGCUUCACAUUGGUAACGUGAAAAUGCAGAUGCUAGAAGAAACAGACAACGUGAAAGUUGCUGUACGUUGCCGACCGAUGGAUAAAAAAGAAAUGGCGAUGAACUGCAAGUUGGUGAUUUCGAUCAGUGAAAUAGAUGGAUGUGUGACAUUAAAGCGCACAAGUUCAGGUGACGACCCUCCAAAAAAAUUCACUUUCGAUUUUGUUUUUGGAUACAACAGUAAACAAACUGAUAUCUACAACAGAGUAGCUAGGCCAAUUGUUGACAAAGUCUUAGAGGGCUAUAAUGGAACUAUAUUUGCUUAUGGACAAACGGGUACUGGCAAAACAUUUACAAUGGAAGGGAACAGAUCCGAACCAGAACUGAGAGGUAUAAUACCAAAUUCAUUUGCCCACAUAUUCGGUGCGAUCGCGAAAGCUGAUGCAAAUACUAGUUUUUUGGUGCGUGUUUCAUAUCUGGAGAUAUAUAAUGAAGAGGUUCGAGAUCUUCUUGGAAAAGAUCAGUCUGCAAGUUUAGAUGUUAAGGAAAGACCAGAUAUCGGUGUGUAUGUUAAAAAUCUAUCUUCGUACGUUGUACACUCCCCAAACGAAAUGGACAAACUGAUGUCAUUCGGGAAUAAAAAUCGUGUAACUGGUGCAACUAAUAUGAAUGAGCACAGUUCUCGUUCACAUGCAAUUUAUACAAUUACAAUCGAAUGUAGUGAACAUUCAGAUAAGAAGAAAACAUUACUUCGUCAAGGGAAAUUGCAUUUAGUUGAUUUAGCUGGAUCUGAAAGGCAGGCAAAAACUGGUGCAACUGGAAAACGUUUACAAGAAGCGAAUAAAAUUAAUUUAUCAUUAACUACAUUGGGUAAUGUCAUUUCUGCAUUGGUAGAUGGGAAGUCAACACAUAUACCAUAUCGUAAUUCCAAAUUAACUCGACUGUUACAAGAUUCAUUAGGUGGAAAUUCUAAAACUGCUAUGAUAGCAAAUAUAUCACCAUCGGAUUAUAAUUGUGAUGAAUCGUUGAGUACAUUACGAUAUGCAAAUCGAGCAAAAAAUAUAAAGAAUAAGGCGAAAAUAAAUGAAGAUCCAAAAGAUGCUAUGUUACGUCAAUUUCAAAAAGAAAUUGAACAAUUGCGUAAACAGUUGGAAGAAGGUGGAAUACCUUCAGACCCAACAAAGGCAAAAGAACAAGACAGUGAUGAUAACGACAGUAAUAAUAAAAAUGGUACCACCGAUAAUGAUGAUCAAGAAAACAAACUGAAUAAAUCAAAAGGAAAUGCGGUAAAAUUGAGUAAACAAAAAAUGGCCGAAAUUCAACGUAUGAUUGAAGCUGAUAGACGUAAAUUGGAAGAAGAGAAAGAUAUGGCUAUAGAAGAACGAAAUCGUAUUCAAAAACAUCUUGAAGCGAAAGAAAACGAAUUGAGACUGGCUGAAGUAACUCGUAAUAAUCUAACAAAACGAAUGGAAGCAUUACAAAGUCGUAUAAUUGUUGGCGGCGAAAAUUUAUUAGAAAAAGCUGAAACACAAGAAAAAUUGUUAGAAGAAUCAGCUAUUGAAUUGCAAAAACAACAAUUGCGCGCGGAAGAGCUACAUAAACAGUUAAAGGAGAAAGAGGAAGAACGCAUAAAUAUUGAGGAAAAAUAUAACAAUUUACAGGAAGAAGCCGCCGGGAAGCGUAGAAAACUACGUAACUUAAGCACAAUGUACUUACAGGCCAAGUCAGAACUUGAAGAUCUAAACAAUGAACACGUCCGUGAAAUGGAAGGCUUGCUAGAUAAUAUACGUCAACUAAAAAGAGAAUCGGCUCAUUAUACUCUAAUCAUCGAUCGAUUUAUUCCACAACCAUAUCAAGCUCUCAUCGAAAAAAAUGUACAGUGGAACGAGGAUAUAGGUGAAUGGCAGUUAAAAUGUGUAGCAUACACAGGAAAUAACAUGAGAAAACCAGAAAAGGAAACACCCGAACCGCCAAUUGACCUGUCACAUGUGUAUCUGUCAUACUACGCGGACGCCGAAAACUCAGGAUCUGUACAGACAAAGAAAACGGAGUUGGACAAGAAGUAAGACGUCACUAACUGCAGCUACCAGUCGGGAGACUAACUGCGAAAACGACAGGGGCCCAUUUGCCGAUGUACACAUCACAAUGUAUAUUUCUUGCCCAAUAUAAUAUAUUCUAAUACAGACUUUUUCUCCUGAACCUCACUUACAUUGCACUGACUGCACGGAAGGCUCAC